AUGAGUCCAAGCAAAUAUCUCUUUGUCAAUAAAACCUCCACCUCUAAUUCCUUAUCCCAUAGCAACAAGGGAGAGCGCGUCCAAAUACAUAGUCAUGUUCAGAGGGAACGGCAUUACAAGAGGCUCGUUGAAGGAUCGUCUCGGGCCGCACGAUCUCCUCUCUUGGACAGCCGCCUGCUGCCCAUCAGGUCCAAAUACUCACCGCCAAAUGAGCAUGACGACUUACCUUGCAACACUUCAUCGCAAGCGAACCCAAUCCUGAACGACGUGCUCCCUCAGACUCAAGCCCAGCAUGAUGGGAAUCUUCCGUUAAGACUUUCUCCUGAUCAUCAAGCUUGGACAACCUUGCCCAGUACAGUCUCUACUCAAUCGUGCCAGGAAAUUCCAGUCUUUCCUACCUCUGCACAGAACAUCAUUGACCCCUUUGACGCCAGCUGCAUCAGGGUGGAUGAGCAUGCUCAUAUUCUUUUGCAAUAUUUCCUCCGCAUUCAUCACCCCAACAUCUGGCAUCUCGAAAAGGUUGUCCGCACAGACAAGACCUAUGACUUCCGCUACGAUGCAAUAUCUGUCAUCCAAGGUUGUUUGCACGAUAAGUACAACAUGUAUACCCUUCUGGCAUCCAUGGCCAGCUACAUGAAGUACGUGGAUGGUAUGUACUUUGCCGGUGACGGUGACUAUUACGUGCAUCUUGCCCUUCAAGCAUCCAGAGCGCACCUCAAAAGACAACGACCUGUCACGGAGAGGAUGGUGUACAACAUCUUCCAACUUGGUUGUGCUGAGUGGUAUCGAAACAAUCCGGAUGCCGCAUAUGUACAUCUCCUGGUCGCCAAAAAGAUGACUGAUACUUUGGGAGGCCUACGCAUGCUAGACCCGCCUGUGGCAGAGUUGCUUCUUACUGGAGACGCCUAUGUAUCUGCUGAAAGGCAGGUCAAACCUCAGUGGUCGUAUGCUGAGUUUGAGGAGGAAGCAGAUCAUCCCAUGAACAUCUAUGCGGUCCAACAGCUCCAACUCCUGCUCUCGGGCCAUGGGUCUUCUGCCGCCGGCCUACUCUUGUCUUCACACCGAGAAGUUGUACCAACAGACCUUCGUUGGGCCAUUCUUGAUCUCGCGGUCGUCCUUGGCCUCCUUCAGUCCAAUUACACCCCAAGUUCUGCCUCGUUCAAUGCCAACAAGCCACCACCUGAACUCCUACACUGGUUGCACAUUCGAACCUUGGCUAUCCGCCACCGACUCCUAUCCAUGGACCUGCCAGACCCACGCAGCCAUGGCAUUAGGACUACUCUAGUUCUCUUCGUCUUCAUGUGUUUUACAGUUGCCGGACGCAAACGAUCAAUGAAGAUUGUCGCCCCGAAUUUGCAAAAUCAUAUGCUCAGCAUCUGCAAUGACCAAUGGCGUGGCCAUGAGGACAUCCAGACAUGGAUUUGGAUCGUCGGCGCCUUGGCCUCGGCUGACGGAAGCACGGCAAGGAUUUUCUUUGUAACCAAUUUGUCCAAAUCAGCCAUAAUAAUGGUGGAGCUUAAUGCAGAUGCCAUCGAAGCCGCGUUGAUCGGCUUGUCCACACGAUUCUUCUACCUUGACUCAGCACAGCAAGACAGCAUGGCCAGGCUUGCGAGGGAGGUCUACCAAACAAGCAUUCAGACUUGACCAGGUUAUGAAAAGAUAGGGCCAGGAUCUUGACUUCACGACUGAGAAAAGCAUUGAAUGUCCCCAACGCCUUGACAGACGAAUCGAUGGAAUGAUGCGACUAAAUAAGGCACAAUAUGUCUUGAUGGUGCCGGCAUAGGCAUGGGCAUGGGUAUGAGAUUGACCUGUAGGUUUAGCGGCCAGUGACUGCCGCCGAACCAAACUACAGAAGUACCUAUCAAUGAAAGUAGGGCUUAUCCAUCGACACCACUAGCCGUGUGCGUUGGGAGAUGGGAACAGAGGGCCCCAGAAGGGGGUCAUCACAGUUCUUGUCAAAGUAUCCCAUCAUCCUCCUCGGCACACAUGCCUCCCUCCUCAUCAGUCCAACUACUCCUCGUCCUCCUCCUCGCUCUCCCUCUUUGACUGUGCGUUCAAGACGACGUCCGUACGCCCAGCGUGCCGAGAGCCUGGGAUCAUGUCGUCAGAGACAUGGAAACUCAGACCGAGGUCAAUCUCGGCUUCGAAGGGGGUUUCUCAGAUGGGCUCCCGAGGGAUGUUUCUGAGAUGCCGAUGGGCCCAACCAUGAAAGAGUCACAAAAAUGGCUGUUCAGGAUUGGGCCCGGAUCCCCGGGUGCGAC